CCCAGCCUACGUCCCUCUCACCGCACACACCACAGCUCUCGGCUUCCUCCCCCCUCCCCUCCCCCUCCGACUCCGACGACCGCCACCGACGACGGCGAAGAUGCAGGCGGCGGCGGCGGUGCGGCGCCACCUCCUCGACCAGCACCACCUCUCCCCGGCCUCCUCGGCCGCCAUCGCCGCCUUCAGAUCCGCCGCCCAGCCGGCGCUCGCGCCCCAAGGGUUGGGCGGGGCGGAUGGUGCGAGGUACAUGUCCGCGAGGGCGCCGGCCGUCAAGGGGGCGGGCCAUCUCGUCCGCAAGGGCACCGGAGGGAGGUCCUCCGUGAGUGGAAUCGUCGCUACGGUGUUUGGAGCUACUGGAUUUCUUGGACGCUAUGUCGUUCAACAACUUGCGAAGAUGGGAUCUCAGGUUCUUGUCCCAUUCAGAGGUUGUGAGGAUUCUCACCGCCACCUGAAGCUAAUGGGUGACUUGGGUCAGAUUGUUCCAAUGAACUACAACCCAAGAGAUGUGAAUUCGAUUAAGACUGCCGUGGCCAAGUCAAACGUGGUCAUUAACCUCAUUGGACGGGAGUAUGAAACAAGAAACUAUGGGUUUGAAGAAGUAAACCAUCAGAUGGCUGAACAACUUGCAAUGAUAUCCAAGGAGCAUGGGGGUAUCGUGAGAUUUAUCCAGGUUUCUGCUUUGGGAGCAUCAGCCUCUUCACCUUCUAGAUUGCUUAGGGCAAAGGCUGCUGGAGAGGAAUCUGUGUUGAAAGAAUUUCCUGAAGCUACAAUUAUGAGGCCUGCAACCCUGAUUGGCACAGAAGACCGGAUUUUGAACAGAUGGGCAAUGUAUGCCAAAAAUUGGGGUUUCCUCCCACUUUUUGGCGGUGGGUCUACAAAGUUUCAGCCUGUUUAUGUUGUGGAUGUUGCGGCUGCCAUUGUCAACUCCCUCAAGGAUGAUGGCACCAGCAUGGGAAAGACCUAUGAGCUUGGUGGACCGGAUGUUUACACUGUUCAUGAUCUGGCUGAAAUGAUGUAUGAAACAAUUCGCGAAUAUCCAAGAUACGUGAAUCUUCCUUUUCCUAUCGCAAAGGCUAUGGCUUCUCCAAGGGAAAUGCUGCUAAACAAAGUGCCUUUUCCUCUGCCAACCCCCUCCAUUUUCAACCUUGAUCAGAUCAAGGCACUCUCCGUAGACAACCUAGUAUCUGAAAAUGCUCUCACUUUUGCGGACCUGGAAAUCAAGCCUCACAAGUUGAAGGGCUACCCUACCGAGUUCCUUGUCUGCUACAGGAAAGGCGGGCCGUCUUUUGGUUCUACCGUCAGCGAGAAGAUGGGGAGCGAGGAUGUGGCCCCCCGGUUCUAAAGACGCUGUAGAAUUAAUGGUCAUUUAGUUUUGAAGAUAAAAUUGUUCUUGUGUUCUGUUUUCUUGCCAUCUGCCGCUGAUGCCAGACGCCUCACCCCUGGGCAGGACCAGAUUUGAUGCAAACUUUGGCCCCCGCCGUCGCCCUUUUUUCCCAUAUCAAUAAGAAAAUGCACGAUCGAUGUAUUGUGAACUUUCUUGAGUUGGAAAUGCAAAGUAAAUCAGAUCGUUGCAAGGGUGUCAACAAUUGCAGAAUAUAAAUUGCGUUGCUCAUGUGGCUGAGCAAGUAAAA